UCAGCUAUCUUUCUCUAUUUAUUUUAUUUGUAAUGGCACGGAAAAGAACGACACGCUAGGUGCUUACCUACGUUAUUAAAUUAAUUAGUUGAUUCAUGUUUGAGACCAUGAGCUACAUACAAUUUUAUUUAUUAUAACGACAAUAAGUUUUAUUAUAAAGACAAUCAUGGAAUUAGAGAAGCCCACAAGAAAACGAAAGGAUAAGAAAAAGUUUAUUGAGGUCAAUGAAUCGGUGGAAGGUUUGGAUGACGAUCAGGCCUUGAUAAAAGAAGUUCGAGAGAUUGGUGAUGGUGCUCCUGCAGAAGAAGAAAUUGAGGCUGUGGCAGUAGAGAAUCUACCUAAAGAUGUACAAAGACAGAUAAAUCUUCAUUUACACUUUGAAAUAGAUUUAGUAUUUCUGCUUUUGUUAGCACUGGCCCUGGGCACAAGACUAUAUAAUUUAGAUGAACCCCGGUAUAUUGUUUUUGAUGAAUUGCAUUAUGGCAGAUAUGUAUCACUAUAUACAAAAGGAGUGUUCUUCUUUGAUGCCCAUCCACCACUAGGCAAACAACUCCUGUAUUUAGCUGGUCGAGCAGCUGGAUAUGAUGGAAAUUUCACAUUUGAUCGAAUAGGGUCUCCAUAUACAGACAAUGUUCCUGUUAGGGCAUUGAGACUGGUCCCUGCAAUCUCUGGCUCUCUCCUUGUGGCCAUUACAUACCAGGUCAUGCUUGAAAUGUCUUUAUAUCAAUGGACAGCUAUUCUAGCUGCACUUCUAGUUUUAUUUGAAAAUUGUUUUUUAGUACAAUCUCGAUUUAUGCUACUAGAAAGCAUUCAAAUUCUAUUCGGAAUGUGUGGAGUGCUGUGCACUAUUAAGAGCACUCGUAAAAUUGGUGCUUCUAGUGUUACGUGGCUUUGCAUUGGUGCUGUGUUUCUCGGCUGUUGUUUUUCGGUAAAAUAUUCAGGAUUAUACACAUAUUACUUGGCGCUUUUCCUUGUCGGACGUCAAAUAUGGAGACAAAUAGGAUAUGCUGAACCUACAUUGCGAUUAGUAUGGUCAGCAGUAUGGCGUCUGAUGGUUUUGGUCAUGAUUCCUCUAUCAGUAUACGUAUCGGUAUUCUAUGCCCACCUUGCGAUGCUGCCGAAGGCCGGGCCUCACGACAGCGUGAUGACGAGCGCCUUCCAAGCGUCGCUGCAAGGCGGCCUGGCCAGCAUCACGCGCGGACAACCGCUUCAUGUGGCCCAUGGAUCACAGAUUACCUUAAGACACACACACGGUCGCACGUGCUGGCUGCACUCGCACGCGCACGUGUACCCGGUGCGCUACAGCGACGGCCGCGGCUCCUCGCACCAGCAGCAGGUCACGUGCUACAGCUUCAAGGACGUGAAUAACUGGUGGAUAGUGAAGCGUCCGGAGCAGGCGUCGCUGGCGGUGGCGCGGCCGCCCGACGCCAUCCGGCACGGCGAUGUGGUGCAGCUCCUGCACGGCAUCACCAGCCGAGCCCUCAACUCACAUGACGUCGCCUCACCUGUGUCCCCGCAAUCACAGGAGGUAUCUUGCUACAUCGACUACAACGUGUCAAUGCCGGCUCAGAUCCUCUGGCGGGUGGAGAUUGUGAACCGAGACAACGAUGAUGCGACGUGGGACAGCAUCCGUUCGCUGGUGCGACUGGUGCACGUGCAGUCGGGCUCCGCGCUGCGCUACAGCGGCCGCCAGCUGCCGGCCUGGGGCUUCCACCAGCACGAGGUCGUUGCUGACAAGGUGCUCACACAUCAAGACACGAUUUGGAACGUCGAGGAACAUCGGUAUACGAAAGCGGAAGACAGAAAAGAGCGAGAGCGCGAGUUGGUCUCGGCCGAGAUGAUCCCCACAGCGGCGACGCAGCUGUCGUUCUGGGAGAAGUUCGUGGAGCUGCAGCACAAGCUGCUGGCGCACGCGGCCGACGCGCCCAGCGGACACAUGUUCGCGAGUGAGCCCGCCGACUGGCCGCUGCUGCAGCGCUCGAUAGCUUACUGGCUCGCGCCUCACUCUAAUGCCCAGAUACACCUGAUCGGCAACCUGGUAACGUGGUACGCGGGGUCGCUGUCGCUGCUGCAGUUCGGCGCGCUGCUGGCGCUGUACGCGCUGCGCCGGCGCCGCCGCUGCCAGGACCUCCCCCCCCGUAUCGAAGAAAAAUUCUACGACGCCGGACAUGUCCUCUUCCUCGGAUACUGGCUCCAUUACCUCCCCUAUUUCUUCAUGGAUCGCACCCUCUUCCUACACCACUACUUACCGGCUUACGUCUUCAAAAUACUUCUCUUGGCGUUCGUCAUAGAUCAUAUUUACAACCUCUUGCAUUUAAGAGAGAAAACACUCAAAUUAGUCCCUGUAUUUAUUUUAUGUGUAGUAAUAUGGCUGGCGUAUGUUGUACUUACUUUUAAGAAGUUCAGCGUUCUGAAUUAUGGAAACGUUGACAUGACUGAAAAUGACCUCAUUAAUCUCAGGUGGAAAGAUACUUGGGACUUUAUACUUCAUAAGAAAUGAUAAUUUAAUCUCUAUGUUCUGUCCAUGGAAUUAGUAGGUACUCCAUACAAGUACUUACUAAAUCCAUGGUUCUGUAUCUCCUUUCUGAACUGCCAUUGUUAUCUCGUCAUAAAUCAUAAUAUAGGUAUUUAUUCACGGAUGUUUUCUUUAUCUUCUAAAUAUAUAUUCCAUAAUUUUGUAUAGAUAAAUAAACUCAACAACUAGCCAGAAGGAAUUGUAGACCAUUUUAAUACUCAAUUUGAAUCUCAAUGUUUCAAAAUGCAUUUAUUUACAUAUGUUAGAUAAUAUCAAAUUAGUAUGUAAGUAAAGGACAGUAUUCUGUGUAGAAUGAAUGGUGAUGGUAGUCCAGUAUAAAAAUUCCGUCCAAACAAAAUAUAUUUUUUAUAAUUAUAAUAAAAAUAUACAGAUAAAAAAAA